AUGGGUCCUGUAGAUACUAACAAUCCAGUCAGCACUCAAGUCAACAUCAAUGGAAAGUUGCCGCCCCAGCAACAAGCCAACGGUUCAUCGACUUCGUCGUCCGGUUCACUCAAGGACAACCAAAUCGAACUGAUGCAUCCAAAGGGAUUAAGCAAGCUCGUCAUGUCUCCUUAUCAAUAUUGGAAUGAUAACUCUUCUCUUCCAGUUGAUAAAUUAAAUGAACCAAGACAACAUAUCCUGUUGCCUAACUUCCCAUCAUUGCUCAAUCAAAAUAUAAAUUUGAAUAAUUCAUCGUAUGCAGCACAACACAAUUGGUCUGCAUCGCAAUUCCAAGCUCCACAAACACAAGACAUUCAUUUGUCUAUGAAUAAGAAUCAGUUCUGGGAGGGUGUAAAUAAUAACCAUUCUUCAGUCCCAUCAUCACCAGAUCACUGUUCAAGCAACUCCAACACAAACAACAUUCACCAUAAUAAUGGUCCAUCAUCAUCCUCAUCUUCAAAUGUAAAUAACAACAAUCAUAACAACCAUGCAUACUCUCAUCAUCAACAACAAACUACUGCUGCUCAACAACAACAACAACAACAACAGCAUCAGCAACAACAUCAUCAUCAACAUCAUCAACAACAACAACAACAACCAGCUCUUCAAUCACAUUACACUACACCAAACUCAUCACCUGUUUUGUCACCAAACUCCUAUCUCCAACACCAACACCAACAUCAACAUCAGCAACAACAACAACAGCAACAACAAGCUCCACCUUCCUAUUGCAUAUUGAGUUCCCACGAGGAUUACGAACGUGAUAUAAAGAGAAAGACACCUUUGAAGUCUAUCCCACAACAAUCAUCGGUCUACGAUUUUAGUCACCUGACUGUCGCAGCCUACCUUCACCAACAGCAAAUGGAAAUGCUCAGCAAGAAGCAAAAGUCCUCAAUCAACCACAACGAGACUAGCUCCUUACCAACCACUCCACAUUCUUUCGAGUUAGAGAGAUCAAGCUCUCUUUCUUCCUUUAACUUUGCUCCGCGUAGUAGUGAAUCGGUUGCCUCGUCUUCCUCUGCCCCUGCCACCCCACACCAUCACAGCAGCAACAGCAACAGUGCUCACCACACUCCAUCCUCCUCAAUAAGAAGUAUCUCACCAGAGAUGUCCAGCUAUAUUCAUCAACAACAACAACAACAUAAUCAUCAACAUCAACAAUCCUACAAUAACAAUAAUAACAAUCAUCACAACCAUCCACAUCACUUCAGUGCACCAUCGUCGCCAAGUCAUCACCCAAUUUCAUUACCAUUACUCUUGACUGCCAGUGCUUCGUUGCCAGCCACACCAACUGCCAGUUCCACUCCAUCGUUCGACCACACUGCACUAUCCUUCUCUACUAAUGCAGCUCUUAACAGUUCGAUGCAAUCAACUCCUCAAUCAAGUGCACCAGUCUGCAGUUGUCUUGCAUCCAAACAUGUUAAGCCAUCGUCACCCUCUGAUGCCAAGACAUUACCUCUCUCAGGACAGACUCCAGCCACCCUGGAGUGCGAAGAGUUCAAUGUCCCCUUGGAGUAUUUCGACGAGUGGAUGGAAACCGAAGGUAAGAUCAGUGGUGUCACUUACAUUAAAUCCGGUGGAAAGGUCAUCGGUGCUCAUGCCGACCGUAAGACACUCAAUCUCAAGGCCGAAUACGAGAAGCCAAGAAACGGUGUUCGCAAGACCAAGCGUGAGUUGCUGUGGACACAAAAGUAUGUUUGUUCGCGUGCCGGAUUGCCAAAGAAAAAGUCCGAGGAGGACGGUGCCAGUCCAACCAAAGAGACACCAAACAGCCGUAAGAAGUCAGUCUCCAAGAAGUGUGGAUGUCAAUCGAGAAUCGUUAUCUCUGUCUAUGCCGACGACAAGUCAUUGGCCGUUGUCAGAAAGAUUGCCGACCAUAGCGCACACAUGACUCCACAGCAAUUGGAAGAGUUAAAGCAAAACUACCAAAGACAUUUCUGUUUGAUUCAUUCCAACUUACCAUUGUCAUCAUCGCAUAAUAAUAGCAAUAACUAUCCACAUUCUGACGAUGCAACUCUCUUACUUGCUACUUCAAGUACCAUUGCCAAUCAACAACAACAACAUCACCAACAAACUCAACAACAAUUACAACACCAAUCAUUUAUUCACUCAUCCAACAAUGUCUCAUUUGAUUCACAGAGCAACCAACAACAUAUGAACCAAAACAAUUUUACACUUCCCACCCCACAAAUCAAAAAAGAGACCGAGCUAUUCAGUCAUAGCUAUCAAUAUAGUCAUCCGCAAUCCCGUUUCAAUACUUUGGUUGCCAACUUGAAUUAA